AUGACCUGCGCGACUCAGGUCCGCUGCUCGUCGCAAGUGAACACCUCCGGCCGCCGCCGUUUCAUUUCCCCAUCUACCUGCCGAUCUUCACUUCUCCCACCCAUUCCGUCGCCGUGCCUCCACACACGCGCCUCUGCCCAGCCAUCGCCGCCGCAGCACGCCACUGCCGGUCGCCGGAGCCCACUGCCCGCAAAAACGUCGCCGCCGUCGAAGCCCGCUGAAACGCCAUCGCCGUCGGAGCCUGCUGAAACACCGUCGCCGAAGCCUAGUGCUAGGCAAAGCACGAACAGGACGACCGCCGCACCACCAUUCCACAGGCCGACCGCCGUUUUCCGCCGUCAUCUUCACUCUCUCCGCCGCCACAGCACCAGGCAUCGUCUCUCUGACCGCCAUGACCUGCGCGACUCAGGUCCGCUGCUCGUCGCAAGUGAACACCUCCGGCCGCCGCCGUUUCAUUUCGUCCGCCAGCACCGCGGCUCGAUUCCGACGUUGAAAAGCCCAUCUACCUGCCGAUCUUCACUUCUCCCACCCAUUCCGUCGCCGUGCCUCCACACACGCGCCUCUGCCCAGCCAUCGCCGCCGCAGCACGCCACUGCCGGUCGCCGGAGCCCACUGCCCGCAAAAACGUCGCCGCCGUCGAAGCCCGCUGAAACGCCAUCGCCGUCGGAGCCUGCUGAAACACCGUCGCCGAAGCCUAGUGCUAGGCAAAGCACGAACAGGACGACCGCCGCACCACCAUUCCACAGGCCGACCGCCGUUUUCCGCCGUCAUCUUCACUCUCUCCGCCGCCACAGCACCAGGCAUCGUCUCUCUGACCGCCAUGACCUGCGCGACUCAGGUCCGCUGCUCGUCGCAAGUGAACACCUCCGGCCGCCGCCGUUUCAUUUCGUCCGCCAGCACCGCGGCUCGAUUCCGACGUUGAAAAGGUUGCCUCGUCUGGCAACAACGACCGGAGAAUGUCGUCUUUGCGAAGGCACGUCAUCUCUCGCCGCACUUCCAUCCUCGACUCACUCGCAUGACGGAGCCGCCGUCGGACCCAAGAUCUGCUGGAACGAGAAGACCGAGCAUCGAGACGUCUCGCUUUCGGCCGCUGUUGAGUCGCGUCGCCUCCGUCCCCCUCCUCGUCCCAUCGUCCCUGUCAGCCAUCUCAACGCCUCGCCGCCGCGUCGCCUCGCCUCCAUCUGCCGGCGUGGAGAACCGGUACCGUCGGAGAUGAUGGCGGCGACGGGCUAUGUAGACGACGACUGA